AUGGAUCUGAGUGUAUCCAGGAGCAGGAGGCGAAUAUCACCCUAUAACACCAUCUUAGCCACUCUGGUCACCCCAUUGAAAUCCGGGCUAAUUACUACAAUGAAUUUGAUGAAGAUAUUGGCGGCUCUUUUGGUCUCUCUCCCUGUUCUGGUCACCCUCUCUCUCGUCCUUCGCAGCCCACCUCCCGAUCGGAUCAAAGGCUUCGCAGACGCCAGAGUUAUACAAAGACUCACUCCUAACGACACCUCUUCGUCCAAAUCCGAAGAUGGUUUUUCUGACCACACCCAGAUGCCCAAAGACACGCUACACGAUGGACUAAUUGCUCCUGGGUUCGAUGAAGGCUCUUGCCUGACAAUGGCACAAUUCAAGUCUAGUGAUCAGGGCAACAGUAGUGUUGGUGGUUCAACAGAGUGUAAGUAUGUGGUUUGGAUAUCCUACAGUGGCUUGGGGAACAAGAUACUGACCAUAACCUCUGCUUUCCUCUAUGCUCUGCUCACAAACAGAGUCCUACUUGUUGACCCUGGGAAGGACAUGGCUGAUCUCUUCUGUGAACCAUUUCCUGAAAACUCAUGGUUGCUCUCUAAAGACUUCUCCAUUAAAGAAAAAUUCAACAAAUUUGAUCAGAAAUCUCCUCAUUGUUAUGGGAACAUGUUGAAAAACAAGAAAAACACUUCAUCAGAAUUAGUUCCAUCAUUUCUCUAUCUCCAUCUGGCUCAUGAUUAUGAUGAGCAAGAUAAGCUUUUUUUCUGUGAUGAAUAUCAAAGUCUUACUGGGAAAGUCCCUUGGUUGAUAAUGAGAACAGAUAACUACUUUGUCCCAUCACUUUUCUUGAUGCCCUCUUUUGAGCAAGAACUUGAAAAGCUGUUCCCAGAGAAGGAAACUGUUUUCCACCACUUGGGUAGGUAUCUUUUCCACCCCUCAAAUCAUGUAUGGGGGCUAAUCACAAGGUACUAUCAAGCUCACUUAGCAAAGGCAGAUGAAAGGAUUGGCAUUCAAGUUAGAACUUUUGAGUCAGGCCCUAGCCCACUUCAGCAUGUGAUGAAUCAAAUUUAUGCCUGUGUUUUCAAGGAGAAAUUGCUGCCUCAAGUGGAUAAGCAAAAACCCGCUGUCACAGCUCCAUCGGGGAUCCCAAAACUGAAAUCGGUGCUAAUUACUUCUUUAACCUCAGGAUACUCUGAGAAUAUGAGGAAUAUGUACUGGGAACACCCAACUGUUAAUGGGGACUUAAUUGGGGUUUUUCAGCCAAGCCAUGAAGGGCAUCAGCAGACAGAUAAGAAUCUGCAUGACAGAAAAGCUUGGGCUGAAAUGUAUCUCCUCAGUUUGUGUGAUGUGUUGGUCACAAGUGCAUGGUCAACGUUCGGAUAUGUGGCUCAAGGUCUUGGUGGCCUGAAGCCAUGGAUUCUGUACAAGCCUGAAAAUCAAACAAUGCCUAAUCCGCCUUGCCGUCAGGUCAUGUCGAUGGAGCCUUGUUUCCAUGCUCCCCCAUUUUAUGACUGCAAAGCGAAGAGAGGGGUUGAUACAGGUGCGCUUGUACCUCAUGUGAGACAUUGCGAGGAUAUGAGCUGGGGCCUUAAGCUAGUCAGUAGUCAUGAAUCUCAUGAUCAGUUGUAG